AUGAUUCCUCGAAUCACAAGAAAGUCGUGGUAUGCACUAACGGCUACCUGGACUCGCGGGUGCCGUCUGAUCCAUACCCUUCCUAUCCCACCCUCGACCGCUUCUCUAUCCUGCGCAGAAGAUCAGGAAGGUGCGAAGGUUUGGCUUCGCGCAUUCGAAGACGCCAAAACCGUCCCGAAAAAUCUAGUCGAACUUACUUUCUCUCGCAGUUCUGGUCCCGGGGGGCAGAAUGUCAACAAGGUGGAGACCAAGGUUUCUGCGCGCUGUCGUGUGGACGCACCUUGGAUACCGAUAUGGGCGCGCGAGAGUCUCGUCAGGACGCCAUACUACGUCAAAACAUCGCAUUCUUUACUAGUCUCGUCUAGCGCGUCUCGUUCUCAAGCACGAAACAUUGAUGAUUCCCUGGGCAAAAUGCAUGUCGUCGUGAGGGAUGCUGCCAAGAACUUCAUUACUAGCGAACCCAGUGCAGAACAAAGGCAGAGGGUUGCCAAUCUAGAAAAGGCACACGACAAUCGAAGGAGAUUGGAGAAGGAUAAACGCAGUGCCGUGAAGAAGAUGAGGUCCGAUAAGGGAUGGAGUGAAUAG